CACGAGUCGGACGGACGCCGCUACAGAGCGAGAGGGGCUCUACGGAGAGAAAUACAGUCGGCAUAUUUAUAGAAAGUGAACAGGUUGGCGUGUCCGCCCUGUAAGUUGAGGACCGUGCGACUCAAUUCGCCUUCAUUGAAUGGAGUUUCAAGUCUAGCGUGUGUGUUUGACGCAUCCGUACAGAUGCUGGCCGCUCCGGUCGCGCCGGGGGAAGGAGAGGUUUUGACAUCGCUAGAUUUGUUAUUAUAAUCAGCUGACCGGUGCUGGAAUCGCUCCGUUUGCUGUUUUCUAGAAAGCGGCGACAGCGAUGAGCGCUUGUCAGGACAAAACGUCUUUGAGUUGUUCGCAAAGCAGGGAAAAUGUCAACGGCGGCGAAUGGGGAAGGAUGGAGGAAGCGUGCGCGUCCUGCUUUGACGAGCCCACGGGCGACGCGAUGCGCGCCGGGAUGGACGCGGUGCAGUCGGGCAUAGACGGACAUCUGCCGCUGCCCCGAGGCCAACGCCAACUGAUGCUAGGCCUGGUGGAAGAGGGGUUCGCCGGCUAUCAUGGCCGUCUCGGUUCCGACCCGGACUCCGACUAUCUCGACAUCCCCGGAGACCCCAACUACAGCGAAAGUGACGGGAACGUCGCCACGAAAAAGCGCAACCGCUCCAACAGCUCGCGGCACCGCGGGGAAGUUGUCACGGAGCUCGGACCCGAGGAGGUGCGCUGGUUCUACAAAGAAGACAAGCGGACCUGGAAGCCGUUCGUCGGGCACGAUUCUCUGAAAAUCGAGUUGGCUUAUCGCAAGUACUGCGAACUUAAUCCGAACGAGGUCAAGCGGAGGGACGCGGCCGAAGAAGCGGAGGAUUUGUUCGAGUCGCCGUCGGGAUGCGAGGCACCGGAGGUCCGGAGGCAGUCGGCGGCGCUGGCGGCGCAACCGGUAACCGACAGCGCGGAGGCGGGGUGCUCCGCGGAAGAGACGGAGCUGGAUUCGGAAAGCAUCGACGUGGACGCGGUGUGCGUGCGCGGAGGACUCUACGAGGUGGACAUCAACAAGAAAGACUGUUAUCCCGUAUACUGGAACCAGCAGGACCACAUCCCGGUCAUGAGAGGCCAGUGGUUCACGGACGGGACCUGGCUGCCUCUGGAGGAAGAGGACAGUGACCUCAUUGAACUGGAGCACCUGGCCCGUUUCCGAGGCCAGCAGAUGAAAGACACCUUUGACACGGAAGCGGUGGUCACCACAGUAGACAGCAAAGAUGCCAUUCACAGUCUGAAACUGAGCCGGAGCCACGUGGACUGGCACAGCGUGGAUGAGGUGUACCUUUACAGCGACGCCACCACUUCAAAGAUCGCGCGGACCGUUACUCAGAAGCUGGGGUUCUCCAAAGCGUCCAGCAGCGGCACCCGUCUCCAUCGAGGUUACGUGGAGGAGGCGGCCCCGGAGGACACGCCCCCUGAAACAACGCACAUAGUCUUUGUGGUGCAUGGGAUCGGCCAGAAGAUGGAUCAGGGACGUAUCAUUAGAAACACAAGCAUGAUGCGCGACGCUGCCCGGAAGAUGGAGGAGAAGCACUUUUCCGACCGAACAAAUGAACACGUCGAGUUCCUUCCCGUGGAAUGGCGAUCUAAACUCGCCCUGGAUGGAGACACCGUGGACUCCAUCACUCCAGACAAAGUGCGAGGUCUACGUGACAUGCUGAACAGCAGUGCCAUGGACAUUAUGUACUACACGAGCCCUUUGUACAGAGAUGAGAUCACCCGGGGUCUGACCAAAGAGCUGAACCGACUCUACACGCUCUUUUGCGAGCGCAACCCAGAAUUUGCAGAGAAAGGAAAGGUGUCCAUCGUCUCCCACUCGCUGGGCUGUGUCAUCACCUUUGACAUCAUGACGGGCUGGGACCCCGUGCGCUUUGUUCACGAAGAGGUGCCAGAUGCCAUGGAGGCUGAUGUUAGCAGACAAGAACGCCAGCUGCUGGAGGAUCUUCGUAACACAUUCUUGAGAAUGAGGGAUUUGGAGGAUAAGCUCCGGCAUUUCCAAACAUCAUCCUCAAGACCCUCUCCAGCCUUAAAAUUCAAGGUGGAGAACUUCUUCUGCAUGGGAUCACCUCUGGCCGUGUUUUUGGCUUUGCGAGGUGUCCGUCCCGGAACCAAUGGAACACAGGACCACAUCCUUCCCAAAUCCAUCUGCCAGAGGCUUUUUAACAUCUUCCAUCCCACCGACCCUGUAGCAUACAGGUUGGAACCUCUCAUCCUGAAGCAUUAUAGUAAUAUAGCACCUGUCCAGAUUCACUGGUACAACACGACCAGCCCCACACCGUAUGACCAGAUCCGUCCCACUCUACUGAAUCCGUCAAAGGAAAGCGCUUCAGUGUCUGAUACAGAGAGCCUCCCGAGCCCUUGCACCUCCCCUCCUCAGCCCCGCAGACACUACGGCGAGUCUAUUACCAGCCUGGGCAAGGCCAGCAUCAUGGGAGCGGCCAGUAUAGGUAAAGGCAUUGGCGGUAUCCUGUUCUCCAGAUUUUCCCGCUCUAGUGGACAGGUGGGCGGUGUGGAGGAGGAGCCAUCGGACUCUGAAGGAGGGGCUUGUGAGAAAGGGGAAGACGGCCGGCCUGUGGAGUUAGAUGAUAAAGUUGAGGAAAAGACAGAGGAGAAAAUGGAGGAGAAGACAGGAGACACCAGCAUGUCACAAUCAGCCUCGGCCAUUAUGGAUAACUCAUCCUUUGAGCUUGAGAAGCGCAUCGACUUCGAGCUGAGGGAGGGCCUGGUGGAGAGCCGCUAUUGGUCAGCGGUGACGUCGCACACGGCCUAUUGGUGCUCCCACGACGUGGCUCUGUUUCUGCUAACCUUCAUGUACAGGCCAAACGAAGCGAACGACGUGCCAGAGGACAACCCAGAGUCAUAAUAUGAACUCUCACGCAGCACCGCCCUCGAUCGCUCCCUCGGUUUAGUUUAGCAGACCUUGUUCACUGUGCAUCUGAGAUCCUGUCCUUGCCUUGUUUUCCCUAAUUUAGAAGCACACCCACGGAAGAGACCUACUCUCUCCGCUACAUCCCCGAGUUAGGGCCGUUCGAACCUCGACGAGAUGGUGGUAACGAUCCUUACUUGUUGCAGCUCGGAAAUUCUGACCGUUCACAUUUUGACGAUUCCCAAAGCUGCGGACUCUUCAUAUUGACCGAUGGGCAUUGACUUAAGUGUGUAGCACGACUGACAAAAAUCUGCUGAAUUGGAAGUUCUCAAUCAGAAGGUUUUUUGAGAAGUACGUAAGAUGUGUUUUCUUGCCUACAAAUAAUAGUUUUGAAAAAUUUUAUAAAUUAAGGUUAAAUGCUAUACGUUUACAUGAUUUAGAUGAUUAAAAAAAAAAACAAUCUGCAUCGCUCCUAAAUGUGGCCAAAUGUUGAGUUGAUAGUUGAUGGGAGCAGUGCGCGUAGAUAGAUUAAUUAAAAAAAAAUAAGCAUUAGUAAACAAAUGGUUCACCCAGAAAUACCAAUUCUGUCCUUACUGUUCACCCUCAGUGUUGUUCCAAAUCAAAAAAAAGAUACUUUGAAGAAUUGUAUUAAGUUUUUUUUUUUUCACAUGCAGUUGCAUGGAAUGGAGACCAUUUUUAUUUUACUAUUGUUGAUAUAUAGUUUUUAUUUAGUUAUUUGUUUGCUUACAUUUUAGCUAAAGAACUUUAGUAUUUUAUGUAAUUUUGUAUUGAUUUUUUUUAAACAAGAAAAUGGGAAAUAAAUGACAUUUUUUAUAUUUUAUUUUUAAUUUAAUAUUUAUAUAUUUUUUUCAAGUAACAUUUUUUUUUUUUUUUUUACAAUAAUAUCCCUGGUGCAAACCGACGCUUUUAAGCCUAAAAAAAAGUUGCAAAACACCAUAAAGUUUCAGAAAAGUCCUGCGAAGAACAGAUUUAAAUUGAAGUUCUAAUUCUCUAAAAAUGUCAUCACCUGCCCAGUUGAGUUAGAUCUUAACUGAUGCAGCUGACUUUGAUCCGAUCGUAGUGUUUCACCAGAACGUUAUCAGUGAAUAACCACCGACCUUUCAGUCCAUUUCCCAAAUCAUUUUCUACCUUCAGCCGACUUGGAACGUAGUUAUAUAGAUCCCUUUUGCGCCUCGAAAGCCUUAGUUCAGUCCCAUUUAUUGCAACCGGAAAAAAUCGACCGGGGCUGUGUUUCUCGAAAGCCCGAGCUAAUCACGGCUCCACUGGCUUUGGAGAAACGCAGCUCGAAACGUUCUUCGUGACCUCUCCUUUCGCGGAGGUCAGGCUGGUUUGGAACAUCACGGUGAAGAUCCCAGGAUAUUUUGUUUUUAUUUCUGUGUGAACUAUCUCCGUUCCUUUUCCUCCUCCUCCUCCUCUUUCCGAUACAUUCGAGGCAUUAGUUUCUCCUCCGCGCUCGCAUGAUAGACACCGAAAUCUGCUGCAUACCUGAAUGCACUCUUUGCUAUGAUCACCACUCAAUUAGAGUUUAAGCUUUAAACGUGCAUGAAAGACGAAGUCUGGACGUUUUCCGCUGAGGCUGUUAGAAAAAAAACCUCCUUACUACUGGAUCUCCUUUUAGUUCUGUCCGAGCAGACACACGUGGCAGACCCGCGCCAUGUUGUUUCCCGCUGCAUCGCAGCAUUAUAGCCACGACGACGUUGCCAUUUUAAAUGAACACCAUCGUCUUCGUGUCACGUCCGUGUUUUCUGUAUUCAUUUUGUACGAUUGGUUUACAGCUAUCCUGGAAAAUGACACCCCCAUGCCUUUACGAUGACAAGAGAAAAGCACUUAACAUUUCUCCUUACCUCACCCUUGAAUGUGCCAAUAAACUGAAGAGCGCGAUCUUCGUCAGGCGUCGGAGGGAAACGUCUUUAUCAGAACUGGACUCCAGCGUCGUCUGUUCAUGUUUAGCUUCGGUGAACACAGAGCUGUUCCUCUUUUAUGAACCUGGUGUUUUUCAUUAAAAUUGAUAUCGACCGCC